AUGAUCACUUCGUGGCAAGGGAAAAACUCGAGUUUAACCGGCAUAGGAUACAAAAACGAAACAAGCUUUGUCGUCAGCAAACCUACUCAUGAGAAACAGGAACUUAGACCAGACAAAGCGUCGAACCGAGCAGUUAUUGAAAACGUUGUUUCUGCGCCUCUGCAGCUCCCGCCAUGUCUGGAUCAAUUCUCUAGCGGCGGCGAUGUCUUCGCUCGCAUCAUCGUUCGCAGCUCUUCUACAAUCAUCGGAGUCAUAACCCACCCAGAACACGUCGCCGUGACGUUUGACAUACUUCUUGCUCAUCCUAUAUUCCACGCUGUGCAUUCGAAGGACGAGCCAUCCAGCCCGACCGACAGUAAUACUGGCGUGAUGUUCGACUCGUUCGCUGAUUGUAUGGCAGUCGUCAGUUCACUUGUCAGUUUGAAUGUUCUCAUUAUUUCAGAUGAAGCGGUCUUGCUUAGUUUCGAUAAUUUGUCUUUGGUCGAUACUGCUGGUACAUCGCGCAAUUCGACACUGUAUCAACCUCGGGAUAUCUACUGGAUCUUCACAAAUGCUGCCUCGACAAGCUUCCUCGUGGGCAGCCAGCAGGUAGAGAUUAGUGCGAUGCUGCUCGCAACGUUUCGAACAUUUUUAGGGUUCCCUAUCGUCCAAGACGUGGCUCCGGUGGUGUUAGAACUAGGCUUUAGUACAGAGGAAAAGAGCGUCUUACAAGCGCUUGAUGCCGGUGCUGGUGAGCCUACAGCGUAG